CGUACUUAUUUACAUACAGAGCCUGGCAACGAUGUAGCAACCGAGUGACUUUAAACUUUAAUCAUGAGAAUUAAAUAACAAUAUUCAGCUAAACUUCAACAUUACAAUCAUAAUGUUAAAUGUAUAUUUAAAAUCUAAUGUAGUAUAUAUUAUAAUUAUGAGUUAUCGUUACAUAUAAAAGAUUUGAAAUGUCAGUUUUGAAGAGAGCACACACUUGGGAAAUCUCCGAUUCAGAGAAUGAGAGUGACGUGAAACUCGAUCAGAGCGAUCAGGACGCGAACUCGAUCCAUUCAGCCUCGUGCAAGAGAUCCGCUGAGCCGACAGAUGAAGUCAAGAACCCCGAGAGGAGGAGGAGGAGGACACGAGAGGAGCUGCAGGAGGACCAAGAGAGGAGAAAAGCUAAUAGAGAGAAACAGAGAGGAGAAAAGGAGAAGCUUAAAGAACAGAAACUACAGGAACAACAGAAGCGAAAAGAGGCUGCAGAGAAACUAAAUCUUUUAAAACCAGAAAACUUCAUCAAGAGUCUCACUGUUCGCAUACAUACAGGGUUGUUACAGGAUGCUGGUUGUGAUAUGUUGCUCGAGACUUUAGAUGGUUUGGCACUGAUGAACCGUAUUGAGGAUAAAAGUCUUCACAACAGCAUCAGAUGGACACGAAAGGCCCUUGAUGUGACUGAGCAAGCGGAUAAAAAUGGAGUUGUUGAAGAAGAUCAGGUUCUGAUGGUGAUCUCCCAGAAUGAGUUUAAUGACAUGGUGACAUCACAUAAAAAAGGCACAGAUCAGAUGGCUCUCAUUGGUGAAGUAAAAGAAGAGGCGGAGUCACUGCUUCAGCAUCUCUCUGAAUACUUGACUAGAAUGUCUGGGAAAGUUGUUACAAUUUUAGUGGUCGGUCAUCACCAAAGAGGAGGAUCCUGGGAUGAAGAUGAUCCUCACCUCUAUCAUCUGGAGGCAGAAGAGUUGUUGGUUCACCUCCAACUUUGUUGGAACGUAUCUGUUUACUUUCUGUUUGGCUGGGAAGAAGUGACUGAUCAUGUGAUCGCAGUUACCAAAGCUUUAUCCAAGAGACCUUACAAGGUGUUGUGUGGUGAUCCCGAGCUGGGGUUCUGUAUGGACGGCUCAUGGUCAGGAGGUGCGCGGGUGGAGAGAGAUGGCCGUGGCCUCGCCCAGGUGUGGACACGUCAGAUACAGCAGCUGAAGCGCGUCAGUGUAUCCACUGCCAAAUCUGUGUCGACCGCCUACCCCUCACCUUCCCUUUUAAUGCAGGCCUAUGAGGAUCUGCCGUCUGAGGAGGAGAGACGCAAACUAUUGGCUGAUCUCACUGUUGGAGGUGAAGCCAAAGAGAGGCGUGUCGGUCCUGAUGUCUCAGGCCGUAUAUAUCGCCUCCUGACGUCCCAGAAUCCUCAACUCCUGCUAGAUUAAGAAGGAAUUUUGGGAGAAAUCACUCAUUUUGCACUUUAUUGCUAUCUGACUGCUGACAUCUGACUUCAGUCAUUUUUACAUUGAAUGCACACAAAAGGACUCAAGUGCAUUUUAUGUUUAUAUUUGAUCAGUAUGUGGAUAAACUGGAUAUAAAACCCACAAUUGAGCCGCAUGAUUCAAGAUAUGAGUGGAUGAGAUUUUUGCAAAAGUUGAAGACUAAGGGUUAAACUGACACUUUCACAAAUUAUGAUCAGAGCAAAUAAGAGUCUACAAAAAACAUCCAAUCAUGUUGUUUGGUUUAAUUUUUUGCUUCAGAUAAGGAAUCGAUAAGAAAAAAGUACAAAAUGUAUUUACUUGUUACUCUUAGACAGUCAGUAUAUAACAAACAAUAUAAUAUCAUAAUAAACCAUAAACACAAGAGACGGAAAAAGAAUAAAUAAA